GACGGACGGGUCGGCCAGUCACCGGGAGAACACGAGAAACGAUAUUGCAUCGCUAAAUAUAAUAUAGUGAAGUACGUGGUUCCACUAUCUUCUACGGAUAUAAGAGGCAGUAUAAUGGCGAUGGUGGUAGUCAUCAUUUGAGAUAUCCACAUCAUUGUCUUUGUUGCCUUUUAACAAUAAUCAUUUAUACGAAUAUAACUGUUGUGUCUCUUGUGAACGUCGAUUGUGGAAAACGGGGUGGUGAAUUUGUUACAGGCGUACAUACAAGAACGUAUUCGUAAAUAAGAACCGAGCUCACGCGAUCCCAUGGUAGAAUCUACUAGCAGUGGUAGUAGUAGUGAUACAAACGAACCCGUUUGCGCACAAUUGUUGACACAAUUGAAUACUGCCUAUCAGCAUCUUGCACCGGAUGCUCAAGCUUUAUUUUACAACCAGGAGAACGGUGGUAAGCCACCGCUCGUUGGGAUUCAAUUGGUGGUGCCGAAGCCGCCCAAAGACUAUCGUUUUAUGAAAUGGAAUUGGUCAUUGAUACGGAAAACGUGCUACUGGACACUGAUGUCGGUAUUGAUCGGAUGCGCUGCCCUCGUUGUUGGCAUUAUUGCUACGAUGCCUAAGAAAUGUGAUCCUCAGAUGGAAUGGUGGCAAGGCAGCACUUUCUACGAAAUAUUCCCGGCAUCUUUUCAGGACUCGACAAAAGGAGCCGACGGAAUCGGCGAUUUGCGUGGAAUAAUUAUGCGGCUAGAUUAUUUAAAAGAACUUGGAGUGCGAGCUAUUCGAUUGAAUUCGAUAUUUCCAGCAUCGCAUUAUCCAGAAUAUUACUCGGAAAUUAGUAAUAUGACAGACGUAAAUAAAGAUCUGGGUACAAUAGAAGAUUUUUCUGUUCUUGUACGCGAGAUUCAAAAACGGAAUAUGAGUAUAAUUUUGGAUUUGCCUUUGUAUCCAUUCAUAAAGACCUUGAGUAACCAAUCGGUAUCUACAGCGAAAGUAAAUGAAACUGAAUGGCUUCGAGAUAAGCGAGAUGCUGGGAAUGAUCGAGUUCGCGAGCCAUCCGCACUGCCUGCAUCAGUCGAAACUAUUCGUGAUGUCUUAUCAUCUAUACCACCACCACUAAAGAAGGCGAGAAGGGAAAUAUCCUCGUCGAAUCGUUUAAAUCAUCAACGAGAAGAUCCCAUUAGUGAGGCUAUCAAAUUUUGGCAAUUGAAAGGAGUGAACGGUUUCUAUCUACAAGGAUUGGAGCAUUACGUCGAUGAAGACACAUUCGUGAAGAGCCUCAUAUAUUGGAAGUCUCUCCUAUAUCCAAACAAUAUUUUUAUUUGUCAUAUAAAAGCUCUAAAGAAUACUACUUCCAUCAGUGCAAAAAACUCUAUCCUAUCCAGAAUAAAUUUACUUGAUGUGACUCUUCGUUUGACGAAUAGUACAAUGGAUAUUAAGACACAAAUAGAGCAAAUUACGAAGGGUACACUUUUUGAUAAACCUGCUUACCCGUGGAUACAUUGGUCAGUAGGCGGCGUGUACACCAGUAGAGUAGCCUCUACCAUUAAUGUCAAAAAUGCAAGCGUAGCGGCUUCUCUUCUUAGCAUGAUGUUACCUGGAACACCAAGUAUAUUUUAUGGAGAUGAGAUAGGUAUCGAAGAUUGUGAAUGUCAGGAUCACAAAGAUUUGGCGCACGUGCAUAAUCUAGUUCCUAUGUAUUGGGAGAAGAAGAACAGCCCCGGUAGCAGUUUUUCAUCCUUAGGAAUUACUACUUGGUUACCAGAAGCUAGGAAACCCAUGGAAACUAGUUUGAUUGGCACUGUUGAAGAAAUGGCAAGACUAAGAGCAGAAACUACAUCCAUUUACGUUAAAGCGGUUUUAAGAGAGGGUCAAAUUAAGGCAAAUUGUGAUGUUAGAUAUGUUGAAGAUGAAAUGAUAGUGAUAGAGCGAUGGUAUCCACGAAGAAAUUCCUAUGUACUUGUCGCAAAUUUUGGCAACGAGACACGCAAAAAGGAUUUAUCAUUUCUUUAUUAUGGUGGUCAUGUUGUUGUAGGACCAACUUAUAGAAUGAAUCGAGAUGUGUAUUUCAAAGAACUUAUUGUCCCACCUGGAGAAGCAUUUGUUAUAAAAUUGGAUAAAUGAGAAAGUCUCAAUUAAGAUAUAUUGCUGAGUAAUGUUAGAGUUACAUUUUUAUUUUUAUCGUGAAACAAUUACAUUAAAAAUAUGGAUAUCAUUACAACAAAAUAUUUCUAAAAAAUUUUUAUAUAUAUUUCUCUAUAUACAAUAUAAUCUCUAUAUACAUAUUCUCUAUAUACAAUUCUUUUCUACGAAAUUUUUAAAAAAUUUGUAAUUAUUAUUUUUUACAGACACGGUUGAUAUAAAAUAGACUUUGCUUCAAAAAGUUAUAAAUUCAAAAGUUAUAAAACUUCAUUGUUAUAAAUCUUGCUUUAUGCUACUAAGCGAUGUAUUAAAAUUAUCGGGAUAUUAUUUAAAUUUAAAUUUUAUAAUAAUACUUUAUAAUAAUCAAGUUUAUAAUCAAAAAUUGAAUUAAAAUCGAUAAGUGAUAAGCGACAUUGAAGAACAAUUCAAAAUCCGAGUAGAGUCUGUGCAUAUUAGACAACAAGUGCAUAUUAGACAUCGUUACAUAUGUAUUUGUCGAUGGUUCAAACCAUAAGGCCAGAUCUACAAUUAGAUAGUAAGUCUUAAGCAGUAAAGAAAUUACCAAUAACAAUUGAUUAUUCUGCUCACAUGUAAUUGAUCAAUUUCUUAUAGCUUGAAGAUUACUAAACCUAUUGUAGAUAUAAUAGGGCUAAUGAAGUAAUGAUUUAAUAAUGAUAAGCUGCGGUCGGGAAGACAUUAGAAAUGCUUCGAAGCAUUACAUCAACCAAUCAGAAUAAAGAAAUCUUUGUUCUUUUUGUCCUGAUUGGUCAAUCAAACGCUUAGAAGAAUUUCUAGCAUCUUCCCGAUCGCAGCUAUAAUGUCAAAAUCGGCCAAACAGUUAUUCUUUUCUUUAGAGGAAUAGCUACGGUUGGCCAAUUUCAAAAUCAUAAAUUUUUUUUUAUUCUUAGAACUGCGCCUCUUAUUUGCUAAUUUUUCAUCAUAUAGUAUCAUUAGUAUUAAGAGCACUAUUGCUAUUAUUAUUUAAUUUUUUAUGAAAGACACAUAACUUUAAGAUCGAAAUCAUUGAUUUUCAUAGUAGUAAAGAUUGAUGUUGAGAUAUGAAGUAAAGAUCAUCUAAUGAUAAGUUGUGUUCGUUAAAACGAAUUACCAAAACUUAAUUUUUUAAUUAUACAAAGAUAUGCUAAAUUAAGAAAUGAAACAACUAAUAAAAUCACAAUGACUAAUAUAAAUGUGUUUAUAAUAGUAUUAUAAACUUUAUUAUUUUAUAUUAAUAUCUAUAUUAAAAGAUUAGAUCUUAAUAAACAAAUUUUUAUGCAUAUCAUCUAUGUGAAUAAAAGCGACUUGAUGUGUGCGAUUGUGUUUUAGAGUUAGAAUUUCAAUUAUAUUGAAACUCUAAGUAAUUAUGCAGGUUAGGGGCAAGCUCUCAAAAUACAUGUGUGUGUGUGCGUGCGCGCGUGCGCGUGGUGUGUGUGGUUAUGUUUUAAAUAUACAUAAUGUCGGAAAAGUACGUGCUAUUCAUUAAACUUAUUUUGUUAAUAACUUUUUAAUAAACAAUAAAAGCGACGGAUAAAAUCUUUUAAAAGUUAUUCAGGAUCGUACUUUUAAUAAUGUAAAUCAAAGUCAUUAAAAUCUGUAAGGUCGCCUCUAAACUGCGUAAUUAUUCUAAAUUCUAUAUAUCUUAAUAACAACUCUCUCUUAGAUAGUAAAAUGUCAUCUAAAUUAAAUUUUAUGAAUUAAAUAUAAUUUAUUUUAUUAUUUGUUUCGAUUAUGUUUGACUCAAUUAUAUAUAUAUAUAAUUAAGUUAUAAUGAUAAUUUAUUAUAUAUGUUACAUUUAUGAGUAAAAAAUUAUUACAACUAAUUGGUAUUUUACCAAUAAUACUUACACAAUAUUAUCUAGCAAUUUUCAAUUCUGUUAUAUUCAUAUAAUAUUAAUAUAACGGCGAUUAUAUGUUUAAACAUUAUCUUUAAUUGAAUUUAAUAACAUUUAUAGUUUUAAAACUGACCAAUUAUGACUAUUCCUCUGAAGAAUGAAAUGACUAUGAUUGACCGUUUUAGAACUAUGGACAUUAUUAAAUCCGAUUAAGGGUGAUAUAUAAACAUAAUUAGUGUUUACUAGGUUAUAAUAAAUUUAAUAAUGACUUAAUGUUGUCUAUUAUUAUGAUGUUAAUAAAUUGUAAAUAAUAAAACGAAAAUAAUGACAUAUUUUUGAUGUCGAUAUAUGACAUUAUUGUUGUGAAGAUGUGACAAAAGGCCGCCAAUUUCACGAUAUUCAAAUGUCAUUUUCAUCAUAAAAAUGUUCAAAUAGAAAUCAAACAAAACUACUAAAUAACGUUAUGCCAAAUAAAAACUAUCUGGAAAAUAUAGUUUGCAGUUAUUAUUUACAUUUAUUUUGGUUCUGAAGAUGUUGAUGAAAAAGUAUAAUAACAAAAAAAGAUAUUAUGUAUUGUAUAUUACUGUAAUAAAAUUGUUUAUUGUAACGGUCAACAUAGUAUUUAGUUAUUUAAACAAAAUGGUCAAACACAAAACAUCUGAUUUAUAUACAAUAUAUACAAUAUAUACUGAUUUAUACACAAUAUAUGGAUGUCCCAUAUACCUCAUCAAAAGCAGCCAACUUUUUCAUCUUAAUAUCAAAUUGAAUGAUUCAAAUUCAACUCUAUUGUGAGCAGUUGUUGUUUACAAAAACUAUCUAUGUUAACAAACGGUAUGCAUAAUUAUAUUUUAUAACAAUGUAGAUAUUUCGAUAUAAUAAAAGUUGUAGCGCUGUUUGAAAUUAAUAUAACAAUGUAUGGUUUAAUGUAAAUACUUUAUAUAUUAAACAAGUUUUAUUGACUUAAAA